CGCCCAAUUAAUGGCGCAUCUCCGCUACGGAAAGCACGUCACGAAAAACCAACCGAGCUCGCGAUAAUCGCGUAAUGACAACAAACCACACGGAACCUACCACUUCCAGAGAGCGAGGGCUCCAGAGAAAUGAGCAGAAAAUGAUGCGGCGGAAAGGGUUGAGCAGGGUCGACGCAUUGUUGGCGCACGGACGCGCGAUGCGGCCGGGAGAGAAAGCGCUGGCCCGCCGCGAGAAGCGAAUAACGGACACCGCGAGCAACGGAGAAAGCGGAGAGAGACUUUCCCGCGGGGCGAGGGCCGAGGGGUCAAGGAGAGAGCGGCGAGAAGGGAAGCAUGGCGGGCGACUCUUCUCCGGGAGCGUCUGCCGAGCCGCAUCGUCGUCAGUCAGUGGUCGCGCAUCCUCCAGACCGGCUCGUCGAAGCGGCCGCCCACCCCGUCAUGAGUGGAGGAGUUUGCCGCGUUCGCGUCGCCGUCGGUGACGCCGUCAACCACGUGCUCCAGAGACGCCGGAACGACAGGCUUCCGCCCGCCUGAUCGACGACGACCGAGAAGGGCAACCGCGCGCACGUUCCCCCGAGUGCGUGCACCGCGCCGACCCGCUCGCAAGACGCUCGCCACCAACUGCCAGCGCACGGGAGAAGAGCAACGCCACUCAUCAGGGAUGCGAGACAAGAAGCGGCGGAGAAGCAGCUGCCGCGGCGCACUGCUCUUGUUUCAAGGCGCUACCGCUCGUGUACCGGGCCCCGCCAGUUGACCAGUUCCGUGGUCACACAGUGCGCGAAGAAGCGCUACCCCGCUACGAGGCAGUGCCGCAGGCGUGAAGGACUGCUAUCGACAAGCUUCCGCAUCUCACUCCGUCCAUCUAAUACCCCGGUCUACUACUGAGGAUAUACACUUGUUGGCGACCCAACCGACGACGCGAGAAAAGAAGGAGCCGCCGCAGGCGCCGGCAGGAGCCAUGCGGACGACGACGACGUCCUUGCGCCCAGCACGGCGACAGGCUCCGCUUCUGCCGCUGCUGCUGCUAGGCCUGCUGCUGGUCGUGCCGGCGAGCCGCGCCUCGGAGCCCGUCGACCCUAUGGACGCCUACCUGAGGGCGCAGCCACCGGAGGCGACACGGCCAAAGGCGGCGAGGGGCCGGGGAUUCGCCGCCGCCGAGAGCAUAUCCUCGCCGAGCCGCAAGCUGCAGCUGCCGGAGAGCGAGGAGAAGAACACCGACGACCUGCCGUACGGAACGCGUCUCAAGCCACCACGACCGUACGGCUUCACAGUCGCCGCUCUACCGACGACCACGGCGCAACCGCGGCUAGUGGAGGCUACGCGCCCGACCACCACGGUCAGGCCGAGGACCCUGGCGCGGCCGCCGCCGACUGCAUCAGCACGGACGCCGGCCGUCCGAGGCGGCGGUCCGCAGAGACGACGCCUAGUUCCGGACGACAUCGUCGGCCCCAAGAAGAAGUUUCGCACGACACAGCAAACCGCGCGGCCGACCGUUCCUCCGCUAUCAGCGCCGCCGCAGACUAAGUUCAGGACACCGUCGAAGCUGACGACACCGCGACCGACAGUGCCGCCGUCUCCGAAGGUCAAAGGUGCGCUCAGGUCGAGGAAGACGUUCGGCGGCGCCAAGAGCCCGCUCAAGGCAUCCGUCUCUCCUCCGUCCACCAGCAAGAAUGGGACACGAGCCGCCGUGAACGAAAGCAGCGGCUCCGGCAACGGAACCACGCCCGGACCCAAGGCACAGGCGUCCUUCUUCUUCACCAACGUGGGGCCCAACCACUUCGAGUACCGCGGCGUGUUCGAUCAGAACGCGGUGCCCAUCAGCUUCCACGAGAACCCGGAGACACUGUACCAGCUCAUCCCACAGCUGCCGCGGCUCUUCGAGGACCCCUUCUCGGCGCCCAAGGGUCCUGCCGCCCAGCUGCUGCUCCAGCCGCCUCCCAAGUUGACCGAGCCGCCGGCGCCGCCCCCGCCGCCUCCGCUCACGCUGCUCCAGCCGGUGGUCAACUUCAUCGAGGACCCGGUGCCGCCACCGACAGCCGUGGUGGAGCACGUGCCGCCACCGCCGCCUCCCCCUCCGCCGCCGCCACCACCCGCGCCGCGGCCCCAGGCGAGGCUCCCGCCAGGCGGUUUCCCCAAGUACGACUACAUCCGCGGCCCGCAGUACCCCAAGAUAUUCAAGUUCAACGACGAGCGCAUCAGCAUCCUCGAGUUCGAGCGCAUAAAGCGCGAGGGCCGCUUCACGAAGCGCCGCGGAGAUGCCCUGGACCCGGAGCGCGUGUCGCGCAACAAUUUCCUCAUCUUCCACGGCGGCCUCUUCAAGGCGCCCCGUGAACAGGAGUACGGGAACCUGGUGGCUCCGCCGCCACCGCGCAGCGAACCCGUCUUCGCGCCCUACAAGGUGCCGGAACCUCAAUCUCCCGACCCGCCGCCUGCCACGCGCUACCACUUCCUGCCGCUGAAGCCCACCUUCGCCAAGGGCAAGCCGGGAGGAUUCGUCUAUUUCAUCAGGACCUGACACGCGCCACACCACAACCCAUAUAGAGAACUCGCUAGGCCCGCGAGUGCCGUGUGUCGCGACCUGCCCUUACCCGCCCCCUAGCGGAACAUUGGGUUCCCUCAUCUUGAUAUGGUGAGCGCGUGGCUCGGCAUUCUCACGGCGGUUCCGAACCACGAGGCGAAACAGGCUGACGGCAGUGCGUGAAGUGCGCGUUUGUGCGGGGAACCCUCAUAGCAAUGACUUCUAUUGGAAAGCCGCGGCGGUGUGUGCGGGCGGUAUGCGUGAGAGUGCGACGAGCGCGUGCCUAUGUCAUUCGCGCGAGGCGAGAGGCAACGCUGCAUCAAGUCAGCCCGAGAACGAUUCGAUGACACUACGAACCGGCAAACGCAGUGGUCGCAGAAACACAAGCAUGAUAGAGUGAAAGAAAUUCCUGUUUUUGGUGAAGCAGGUGGCUACAUUGUUUUUUUUUUCCCUCAAAAGAUAGAAGAAAGGCGCUCAAACGCUUUGUACCGCCGAUUUUUCAGUAUGGACACGCGAAAUGAAUGUGUUGCGAUGCGUGACGCCGCCUUAUGUGUCAACAAGAGACGCGACCGGAGUGUACCCCCCACGCGGCUACCAGCAACGCUACAACAAUAUUAAGUAAAGGCGAUUGUUACUUCACUGCAGUCACCUAUUCUGGACACGUACAGUAAGCCAGUUAUCAGUACAACGAACAUUUACUUAAAUCAAUAACCGCGGAAAACCAGUACUGAUCCAUUUGAGCAAGUACAAAAUUAUUGCUGUAAGCUGUUUCAACCUAACCAAAAAAAUAAAAAAGGAAGCCUCAAGCAUCCCUGUAGCUGCACAGAGAGAAUAAAUCAUCGUUUUUUUUUUUCUUUUUUGAUCUAGUUGCAGAACAGAUUUGUUCAAUGAACUCACAAACACCGCACACUUCGCUGAAUGCUAGCACUGAAUGCCGCGUGAAAACGGCAUAGAGUACCACGACUUCGAUUAACUUGGCACACGCGCAUACUACUGAUUCGCACGACAAACGAAUCCCGCUCACAGAGGUGAGUAGCACGUCAUGCCCAAACAGCGUCGCAAUGUGGGGAGAAAUUAGAAGGCCAACAGUUAAAAAAAAAAAAAAAAAAAAAACAGAGGUCCAGAGACUCCCAUCCCAGCCGGCCGAGGGGAACAAUCAAAAGGCCAAGGGGCAACUCUCCCGAGUGAAGAGCUGCCCUUUGGACAGCGGCAACGAGAAAAACAAAAGAACAGAAAGAAAACGAGGUCGCACAGAAACAAAGGCUCGGCCAGGAUGACACCAUCUCCUCCAGCCCACCACGGGAAAAGGCUGGUCAACGGGAGAGGGGGUACGAGAGAGAGGGGGAGGGCUUGCAUUGUUCGCAGGGGGGCCAUCAGGGGGCUCCAAGUAAAGAGAAAGACUUCGAUGUAGAGAACAAAGGAAGCAUCAGCUCUCACAGACGCCCGGCGAGCCCUCUCCCCCUGCUCUCUUUCUUCAGGACGAGCGCGCGGGAUGUGCAGGGCAGCCAGCCGGUAGGGGGAGCUAUGGCAACGGGGCGGUAUGGCCACCAGCCCCGUGAUGUAAGUCCGGUGCUAAUGAUCUCCGAUACGAGCUGCCCUCUGUGCAUACGGAAUUCCAGGGCCACCUGGCCGUCGGACACAACACCUCGCUGCCCGCUGGCCUUGCCUUGCUUUCUCAGGAGAGAGCGCGCGGGGGUGACCGAGGCUGGUUUGCGACACCAUCGUGACAGUGGGAGCCGGCGGCAGCUAAGCGGUGUCGCUGCGAGACUCGGUUAAUCCCGUCGAGCAUUAACAUACAAGUUGUUUUUGGGUAUGCCUUUCAUAUAGACCCUUUUACCUAACUCGCAAGCGCGCUUCUCUGCACUGCGCAUUUACGCAACUAGUGGCGGCACCGGUCAUCAUUCCAAUGAAGAUGAAGUGCUAGCUGCACACGCUGGGGCUAGUAUGGUUUCAUCCACUUGCGCAUGGUUUCAUGAAGAGAGCCACGUCUACAUUUUCCAUGGCAUAACACAAGCAAACUGUGUUUGCACACGCCAUUUGCAAAAAUGACUAAGCCGCCAUUAGUUGGGCAAACUGCCUUGCAGAAAAGCAAUAGAUUUGCAAUUAUGGAUAGGGUCUAUUAGCCACCAUCCACAGGCGGCCGAUCGCGGGAUAACAGCGGAGCGCCGCUCCCGCUGACGAAGCGCAAAAAGGAGUUGCACUUUAGUAAAGUCUUUACAUUAUACCGGACCUGCCCUAAUCACACGGUGCAACUUGUAUGAACAACAGACUACCUGCCUUCCAUAUGAUUGAGCCAUCAACAAACGGGACAGUAUUUCUCACAACUGAGAAUUGCUGCUUGCAUAGCAUUACCGUUCUACCGGUUCCUCCACACCCCCUUGCGCAUGCGCAGUCGGUGGCAGGCAGCGUCAUUAACGAUAGAAGGGUGACAUGCCAAAUCAUUCAUUACCAAACAAGGACAGAGCCGAACCCUCUUCGUUGGCCGGGGCCCAUGGACCCGAACGAGUCGCACCGCCUAAUGAAUAGGCAUUCCGACCAAUUGGUGGCCUUUUUAUGCGGCAAAGCCAACUUACGGAGGCACUUGGCACAACACGGAGUACCAUCUAUUGGGCGUGGAUGCGACUUUCUAUGUAACUCGAGUUUUUCUACAAGUCCACAAUUCACAGAAAUUGUUCUA